UGUGUGUGUGUGUGUUUUUUUGUUUUUUCUUUCGUAAACAACCAACAGUUGACUCGAGUUUUGUGUUUCACAUCCAAUCGCAUCUCACCAGCUUUGAUUACGUACACAUUUACACACAUCGCAUCUCUUACCCCGUAACUUCCGGAUGGCAAAGUUACGAAGCAUCUUCAAAAAACAUUUGAUCCCGAAUCUGGAGCGCAAAUGUCGCCUCUGCCUGUCGGAUAAGGAAAUCGUACAAUCCAUCUUCCAGUCGGAAAACAGCAAAGAAACAACCGAUACGCUUGUGGAGAAAAUAUUCGAAUGUACCGCCAUAAUGCUCUCCAAGGAUUAUGACUUCCCUUCGCCCAUCUGCGAGGACUGUGCGCUAAAGUUGGACGAGUUUCUGCUCUUUCGCACGAAAUGUUUGCGUAGUAACGAGAUCUAUCGAUUCAAUCGUCUUCACAAGCAACGAUUACUCUUCACCAGGAAACCAGUCCAGGAGGAAGCGGCGGUUACUGCUGGAACUGGUGAUAAACUGGACACCGAAUCAACUGCAUCAACAGAUGAACCGGACGGGAUGGGUACUGCCGAGGAAGUUGUUGCUCCGUUAGCGUACCCAAUUCCUGCGGUCGUUAUCGCUGAGGCAAGUGCUUCCAGUAGCUCCGACAGCCGUACGGUAAUAGAGACGCAGGAGCAGAUCACGACUGAAGUCGUUGCUGGAACAGAGGACGCUGCAGAGGUGGGAUCAACAAUACAAAACGGAGUAGCAGAAGUUGACGGUGGGUCACGUGAUCGGGAAACGGAAUGUAAUGGUAAUCAUCAAGAGUCAUCCUCUGGACUAGAUGAACCAGAGGAUGAGUGUAUUCCUAGGUGGAAACCACCACCAGAUCCGGACGAUAGUGAAAGUACCAGCAGACUUUCACCCGCACCCGUAGUACUUCUGGUGGAUGAAACGGACACUACCGUAAGUGAAACAGAGGACGGUGAAGAAGUGAUACUUUUGCCAGCGGAACUACUGGAUCUUUGCGUCACGAGUGAAGAACGAUUGGAAGAUAUCGGGGAUGUUAAAUUCCCCAUCGAAACGAUCGAACAGCUGGAACAGUUAGAACGAUUGGUCCGAUCGUGCGAUACUGCAAGGGAACGCUAUAUAAACAUCCUUCGGCGGUUGAAAACACACGAUACCUCGCUCAGUGACACAUAUCAACGGUUGUUCGCGGAUAGGCUGCUGAUCCACUACAAUUACGAUGGCAUCUCGCCAAAGUACAACAAGCGACCACUGAAAACGUUGCUACUGUUCACCGAAUGUAUGGCUGUGGCCUGGGAGGACCAUAUGGAUGUCGGUAGGGUAAGAGAAGCUGUAACAGAGGCUGUGAGAAAAUCCCAUAAUCGUUACAAUCAGUACAACCAUCGUAAGGUAAGGAACAUAUAAAUUAUUUACUUUUAAAUCAAUCUAAUUAGUUUAUCUAUUCCCUUAUGUGACAUUAAAAGCGUGCCAGCUACGAAUGGUUAUAGCUGACGAUACCCCAUUGAAAACGAUGUUCGAUAGGGGAACACGAUGAUGGUGAAGUCAACAACUGCCAGCAUUCGUCUGUGCCGGAGGGGGAGGGGAGUCACGUAAAAAACCACCCCCCGUUAGUUAAGUAUUUUAUCAAACACCCCGGGAGUUGUUUUUUCACAACCACUACUUAGUGACACACACAGUUUUCUACAACACAACAAACUUAGUCUAGAGGCGAGUAGUAAAGGUAGCUAGAGAAUGUGUAGGCAGCAGAUAGCUGAUGCUGAAGGUAGAGCAAGAUAGCGUAGAUUAAAAACAAUGUAGAUCACGCAAAACGUGAUGAGUGAGGACACUGGGUAUAGUGUUUGUUUAGCAUCUCAGAACCAAAUUACACACCGCGCAAUUUCGCAGCAGUAUUAGUAGCUUUAUUUAGCAAAACUUCACUAGUGAUUAGUGCGUGAUACGUAGGCAAAAAAGCAAAUUGUAGUAUAUAGUACUCUAGUGCGGUAAAACGGUAUUCUUAGACAAAAUCGAAAAAGUGAUAGUUAAAAAGAAUGUGCAAACGAAAACGUCCUGCGAACGGAACAAAGCGCUUCGCAUUCUUGGUAGCGUCGUGUGUUGAUUAGAAGUUCUUACAGUUGCUGGGCCGAUGUUACAAAUGUGCGAUGGAAAGUUAUCUUAGUUAUCACUCUGGUUUUUAUAAAGCUUCGGUGCGUAAUUCUUUUCUAUCUAAUAACUUUCAUCCGGUUGUUUGGUGCGCCUAAAAGAGAGAGAGAAAGAGAGUUAUUUUAAAAAUGCGAAUUACGAGCGUAUUUAUAAACUUUUGUACCUUUAUGGACGAUUUUUGCCCAUUUUUAAUCUAGAUAUGAUGCAACACCGUAAACCACUACCGAAAUAGGGGACCAGCAUACGACCACGAUCCCCCCCCCCCCCCCCCCCACCCCCCCGAAUGUUUCCCUCUGCCACUAAAAACUGCGUUCGCUACUUACAGAUUUAACAAUGUUACAAUAAUAUAAUGAUAAAAUGAAAUUACACUGAAA